AUCUAGAUCCAGAUAAAUAAAGAAAGGGAAAGAUAUCUAGAAAUCUAGAUUUUAAUAAUAUUUGUUAGCUAUACCACACAGCAGUAAAACAGAAAAAGAAUAUCUAGAACUGAUCUAGAAUCUAGACAAAGUAUUCAUUGAAUAAACUUUGCAUUUCGGCUCAGAAAAUGGGAAGGUGAACUUUUUUUAUAAACCAGGAAGGGGAUUUCCCGAAAAUCGCCUGCCCAGCAUUUUUGACCUUCUGCAGAUAGAAAUUUUUGUACAUCUAGAAUCUGGAUUUAUGCCUAGUCUCUAAUGCUAAUGUCACAGCUGUUAGCUGUUAUCAGUGGUGCAACUAGUACAAGUGCUAGGCUACUGCCUAAAUUUACAACAGUAGAUCUACCAUCUCUACUUCUACCUACUGAUUGAUGUUGUGAUAACUAUGAUGAGGUCGAUGAUAAACUCACCUGGAGCAAGUAAAGAUGGGGGUCAAAUGAUGAAUUCAACACAUAGUAGCCACAGCCUCACAGAUGUAACACUGGAACAGGCUAUACUGAAACUACAGGAAAUAGAUAAAGAAAACAUUGCUCUGAGAGAUAAUCUACGUGAAAAUAAUGCAGUGGUUAAAAAGCAGUAUGAAGCACUGUCAACGUGGCGAAAAAAAGAGCAAGAAAAGUUUGAGCGUACUAAGGCGCUAAUUACAGCUUUACGAGAAGAAAACCAGGAACAUCAAGUCAAUUUAAUGGCUAAAGCUGAUAGAGAGAAAGAGCUCACUCAGAGAAUACAGGUGCUGGAGGAAGAAAAGGCCCAUCUACAACGGCAAAAAGUUAUCAGUGACCAGCGAUUAAUUAAUUUUACUAAAAUUGCUGCAGAGCAAGGUAUGAAAGGAUUGCCUUCAGAAGACAUAGGAGAUUUUUUAGAUGAUCCUCAAGCGAUGGUGUUUGUGACUACAUCGGAAAAAGAAGAAAUAAUCUCAAAUCUUGAAAACGCUGUUGCAAGUAAAGAAGAACUCAUAUCACAGUUGAGAACAGAAAACAUUAAGCUGGAACAUGAACUGACCAAAACCAGAGAGGCCACCAAGCAACUUCUGCAGGACAUGGAAGCCCAGCAGAGAAUGAAACAAAGUAUUGAAGAGGAUAACAGAAACCUUACCAAGCAGCUCUUGGCCUCAGAGGAAAAGCUGCAUGCACAAAUGAAGUCUGUGAUAGCUGGUACAAAACGUGAAAUGCUAGUUGGUAAAAGUUCCCAGGGAUUAGCUCCCCAUCGUGCCGCUGCUGAAGAAAAUAUGGAUGACACAGCAUUUAGUUUUCCUGAAAAUGUGGAUGAUUUAAUGAACAUUGCAAAAUCUCUGGAGGCCAAGCAGGUUGAGCAGAGAUCUGUGGAGGAAUUAAAACUCCAGUUGUCAGAAAAUAACAAAGCCAAGCAGGCCAUGGAGAAAGAGAUGGACAAGUUAAAACUUGAGUUCAAAGCUUUGUCUGUGCAACACAAAGAUGUAACAACAAAGCUGCAUGAGAUGGAAGCCCAAAGCAAGGAAACAGCUGACAGGCUGGCUCAGGAGUAUGAGCUCAAGUUGAUGGGGAUGGCCAAAAACAAUGCACAGGACACCCGGACACUCCAAGCAAGUGAAACAGAAGACAUGUCCAUCCUGAGGUCACAAGUUCUUACUUUAAUUAGAGAAGUUGAUGAAGCUCAGAACAAACUGUCUGCUGCCAUGGAAGCUAUUAAUGUAAAAGAUGACAGGAUCAAAGAACUCGAGCAACUGAGCACCAACUUGAAACUGGAGUACCAGCGACACUGGCAGGAGUCAAAUGACAUGAUACAACAGCUGCGCUCUCAGGUCAGCCAGUACCAAAAGUCCCAACAAGAAAACAUUAGCUUCAGACUUCAACACCAGCGAUUACAAGAAAACUUCAGUAAAUUAGUGACAGAUUAUAAAGAGCUCCAAGAAAUGUUUGAAAGCUAUCGUCAACAAAUGGAGAGACAACCACAGCGGCACAGUAAAGAGGCCCUGGAAGAAAUCAACAGACUAACAGCACAGGUCAUAGCUGCAGAUGAAGCCAUCGCAUACAGGGAUGAACAGAUAGAAAUGCUGAGGCAGAGAAAUGCUCAUGAUUCACAGCUGGAUGAAGAAAUACAACUCCUUAAAUUUCAGGCUGAUUUGUACAAGAGUGACUUUCAAGCUGAGAGGGAGGGGAGGACGAAACUGGCAGAGGAAAAAGUCAAACUUUUAGAAGACCAAGAGAAAUUGAUUGUAAACAUUCAAGAGCUGCAAGAAAGUAACAGGAGGCUGAAAGAAGAGUUGGAUACAUUCAACCAGAGACAGAUCAACGAGAUGCAGCGUCGACUCAGGGAGCAAAGCAUGCACUCAACAUUAGAAAGUUCCAACAGAUAUCAAACUCCUCCACAACAAUCUUACCGCCCACCAAGUACAUACUACAUGCAGGAGUCUGCAGCCUCUCAGCAAGCUACACGAAGACCUACAGAUGAUGAUGACGACCUGCAGAGCUUUCAACAGUACGAGUGUCCCAAAUGUGGCAUCAAGUACCCUGAUGUAGAUUCCCUGCAGCUGCAUGUGCCAGACUGUAUUGAUAACCCUUAACUUUGGCACAAAUUAUUAUAAAAAACAUAACACAGGUACAAGCUUCAUUGUGGUAACCAAGACAUUCUUAAACAAUUCAUGCUCUGGAGUUGUUUGUUUAAAUAUUAAUUGUUGAGUGGAAAAAGAAGUAUUGUGCUUACAUAAUUUAUUUUGGCUACAAAGUUUAGUUUUAUAGACUUUAUUUUGUUCUUCAAACUGUAAUUUAAGCAGGUUUGUUGGUCUUUUUUAUUGGUUUUUUUUUUUUACAUCUGUGAUUUGUGUAUAAGGCAAUUGAAUGAUUAUUUGCAUAUUGAAACGAUUUACUACAUUAAUCAUUUAUUUAAGGCGCACAUUAUAAAAAUAAGGAUUGGUUGUUCUUAACUGAACAUUUCCAUAGUAUGAAUGUAUAUUUUAUUCCAAAUGUUAUUUUGUUAAGUGUACAUUUUAUCUGACCAAUUUAGGGGAUGGAAUAUUUUAUUUUGUGUCACGCAAGACCUGUAUGAUAAGCAAGGACUUUUAAAAAAGUGUAAUGCUUUAGUUUCCUCAGUUUACUGGAGAUGGAAACAAGUGCAAUUAAAAUACAGGCGAGUUUUGUUGAUGUCAAUUUCAUAAGGAUGUCUUUUAUUAUGUAAUACUUUUUUAAAAUGUUUAUACUGAUUGUUGACAAGGCAACCAUGAUUUGAUUAUCUGUGGAUCAUCAUUCUGUUUUUAAUUGACUGUCUAGACAUUAAUAAUGACCAAUAAAACUGAUCAU